CACCACUGAGCACGUACUGACAAUACAGCCGACACAGACUAUUUCAUUUUCAAAAACCAUCUGGUAUCGAGAGACGAGGCUCAUUUCUGCUGUAGGAAGUAUGGGAUGACACUGAUGUCCAUCAGGAGCGAAAAUACCAAUGUAUUUUUGACCAAUUCUUUGAAAGCCAGUGGGCACAAUGCAAUAUGGUUAGGAAUUUUCAACAAUCCGAACAACAAUCGAGAGAUGAUUUGGCACAACAACACUGCAGUUCAGUACAAUAAUUUUGAUUCGACAACUAUGGCAGCAAUAUAUAAUAUGACCGACAACAUCACCGAGGCAACCACUCUUUGUCUAUAUGGCGAAGUCACAAACCAGCUUCUGUGGAAAAUUGCACCAUGCGAAGAAAAACUCGACUUUGGAUGUGAAAUAAUUGGUCCUGGAGUUAAUGUUUUACCAGCUAUGAUACCUGAUGCACUUUGUCCAGACUUGGUAAAAUUGAGAUCAUACGACAUUGCUCGUGAUAGCGCUUUCGUUGACAUUGCAGGGAGAACUAGGGCUGGUACGUUUGGGUAUUUCAGACGCGAGGAUUUGGUAUUCGCAAUGGGAACAAGGAUUGGAUAUGAUAAAACUGAAGACAACAUUGAGUGUGUAUUUCGUUGUCUGGAAACCCCAGGAUGCAAUGACGUAAUUAUACUGGACAAAAAUCACUGUCUUAUGUAUCAGAGGUGAAAUACCUUGCAUAAUCUAACACUGAUGAAUCAGUGAGCAGGAUUUAUCUCUGUGUUGUUCAGAAUUUUAGUAUGACAUAUGAAAAAUAAAUGAUUUG